UUUCCACGAGAGCGAAGGGGCGCUCAAGCUCACGCUCGGUCGCGAUCUUCGGCCGUUCUCGUACAUACGUUACGCGUAGAGUCGAAAAUCCACUUUCUAUUGAUCGUGCAGGUGAAUUUUUCGAAUCCCCGAGCAUCCCAAGACCAAGGCAUCCCGCAAAAUGUCGAUGUUUGGAUCGUUCAUGAACGAGGAUGAUCUCUUUAAUAUAUUUGGAUCGUCCAUGCACAAUACCAUGAGGCAGAUGAACAACAUGAUGAACUCCAUGUUUCCUGAUCCGUUCGAUAUGAUGGGACAGAACGCUCUUAUGCCUUAUGGUAGAGGACUUCCUAACAAUAUGCCAGUUGCCCUGUUUGAUCCUAAUUUUGGAAGAUUUGGUUUUAACAACAUGGCGGCGACAAGUAAUGGAAGUUGUCACUCAUUCAUGAGCCAAUCGGUAAUGACCAUGUCAAGUGGUCCCGAUGGUCGGCCACAGGUUUAUCAAGAGACUAUGUCUACAACAACGGCUCCCGGCGGCAUCAAAGAAACUAAAAAGACCGUAAGCGAUUCUCGCACCGGAACCAGGAAAUUGGCUAUUGGUCAUCAUAUUGGUGAGAGGGCACAUAUCCUUGAAAGGGAGCGAAAUUUGCGAAAUGGCGAUGAAGAAGAACGACAGGAAUUUAUUAAUCUUGACGAAGAAGAAGCAGAGAGUUUUAAUCGCGAGUGGCAAUCACGUACACGUCGUGUUGCUGGUGCAAUUGAGGGCGCAAAUUCAGGUACUGCUAGUAGUGUCAGAGUUCCAGAGCCAAGGCAAUUAGCUUUACCAUCCACCACAGAUAUACCAGCCAGUCGACAUUCUAAUAGAAGAUGGAUACCUUCCACUAAACGUGCUAUGAGAUCGUUAAAUCCUUUAAAAGCAAAAAGUUCGUCUCCCUCUUCAAGCAUCAAAACUCCAGAACCCGCAGCGUUGUCAAAUUCAGCUUCGAAAGCUGAAGAAGCAUCACCGACGUCGCCGUCUACGUCAGGAUCUCGAAAACGCGAACAUAAGCCGGAUAGACAAGUUAGUAAUAAGCGUCACGCUGUUCCCGCUAGCGACAAAUAGAAAAUGUCUCGAACUACUAUCCAUAACUCGUACUUUACUCUAUCCCCAUUACAAGAGCCUCAUAUAACGAGGCUUUACUUUAAACUAACUAGAAAUAUAUUUUCUUUCACAAUCAUUAACGUCCUAAGCAAAUUGUAUGGAUUAUUUUUUCUAAAAAUUGUUAUCUCAUUCGCUCACAAUAAGCAUUAUUAUUUUGACAUAUGUAACUAUUUAAACCAAAUUCAGUAAGGCUCUCAGCAAUAUUCUCUCUUUUCUUUUAUAUACCGAUAUUUAUUUAAGUAGAUCUAUAGAAUCUUAGUUGUCGAGAGUGUUAAGGAAAUAAACUUUUAAAAUACAGCUCAAACUUUUGCCGUUAAUCAAACAAGAUUAGUACACACAAUUUUUUAUACGUUAUUUCCAUAUAAUAAUAUUCUGUGUCUUAAAAUACUAUAUUUAUUAUUAUAUAAUCAAAGAUGUCACAUCCAUCGAUAGUUGAUCAGUUUCUGUUAGCUUCAUUAUUGUACAAUUAAAUAUAUUCGAAAGUGUAAAGGGAAUUACAAAUAAAUUUCUUGUUUGAAAUGUA